CUAGAGACUUGAACUAAAUAGGUCUGUGGAAAUAUGGAAGUAUUAGAUGACGACGACAACUACAGCGAGCAGCUGAUUCUGGUGCAACAAAACCUGCGCUCGAUGCCCCCUGAAGUGGUGCAGCGCUAUGCCGAGAUUACGGAACACUUGGACUUGAGUAAUAAUUGCCUCAAGGAUCUCUCCUGGCUGGCGGCGUUCGAGCAGCUGCGUUAUCUGGUCCUGGAUGGCAAUCGCUUGCACGAGUCGCAGCUGCGCACGUUGGCUGUGCCGCUGCCACAGCUGGAGGUGCUGAUGUUGAACAAAAACGAGUUCAGUGAUCUGGCAGCAACAAUCCGGCUUAUCAGACGACUCUUUCCCAACAUACAGUACCUAAGUCUCCAUGGCAAUCCCAUUUGCCCCGAUGGCCUCCACUUGCAGCCGUUCUCCAGCUACUUAGAUUAUGAUUACGCAUACUACAGCAAUUUUAUCGCACAAUCGCUUGUUAAACUGAAAUUUCUUGAUCACGCACUGGUCAAACGUUCCUUCAGCUAUGAGAGCUUUCCCCUCAAGCGAUACGAUAGAGCUGGCAAUUCACCUGUAAGCACAACAAGACUCUGAAGAUUUCCAGAUAUAAAUUCCUUAUUUACUUGACUUAACUGAUAAAAUCUCAAUGAUAUAAAUCAUAAAUACCUGUAUUUUUAUAACAGAAAAAACUGCUUUUAGCUACGACAUGCACCCAUUAUUUGUGAUAAAAGCUCAAAUGUUGAAGCUUUUAUUGGCAGGCGAA